GCAGCAGCAGCAGCGGCGGCAGAGCUGAGAGGCAGUCGAGGGAAGUUCGUGGUGGCGUGGCACAACAACUACAUCGACAUAGCCACCACCACCACUACCACCACCACGCACACAGCUGCAGCCUGAGGAGAAGAGAGAGAGAGAGAGCGGGCUGCCUCGGCUCGCCACUUGCCCCAACAGGCAGCAGGAGGCAGUCGCCUGUUCGUAAUUGUUAUUGGGCGGGAGGCGUAAUUGUCUUAAUUGAUUUAGAGGAGGAGUUGAUAAUUUAUUUGGCGCACAUAGCUGCUCAGGGCGUGGCUGUUGCCCCCCUCGAGUGGAGUGGUGGUGGUGGUGGGGUUGGUGUUGGUCCUGGUGAAGAGGUGGACGAAGUGCUGGAGAAAGGUUGGCCGGUGGACGAAGUGAAAGGAGGAGGUGGUUGUGAAGAAAGGUGGACUACGAGGUGGACGGAGGAGGUGGUGGUGGCUGGGUAGACGAGUUAGUGGAUGAGACAUGGGCGACGUGGUCUCAUCGCACGUGGACGAGGCGAGGAAGCUGCAGAUUAAAGAGAGCACGGAUGGCGUGUUGGGCCCGUUCGGCGAUCACUACCGGGCCCAGUUCCCCGUCUGCCUUUUCAACCACAUCCGGCGCGAGGUGGAGGAGAGGGGCGACUUGCAGCCACAGCUGCUACGGCGGAAGCAAGCGAUGAAGGAGCGGCCGGUCGGCGACGGCUCUCUGCUGAUGCUCGAGGACGGCAAGAAGUGGAGGGAGAAGUACGUCCGGGUCACCGCCGAUGACUACCUCGUCCACGUGUUCGACAGCAAAGAGGUGUUCAGUCGGGGAGGGAAGGCGCGGCUGAGCUUGGACGCAGCAGGAUGCAAGCUGAUCACGUCGCUGGAGGAGUACCAGGGCCUCCUGGAUGGAACCCCGGAGAACAAAGGCAAGCCGUGGCUCUCCUGCCCCACGCCUCACCCCAUCAUCCUGCGCCACCCCUACGAGAGGGACCAGCUGUUCGCCGCCGGCAAGGCCGACGCCCAGCGCCAGUGGAGUGCCGUGCUGGCCAGCUGCCUGCGUCACCGCAACAACGGCCUCUCCGAGCCAGACUCGGUGGAGACCCAGACCUUCUCGGAGGCCGUGCGUCUCUACCGGCAGGACAAGGGCCACUUCUCCACCUGGGAUAUGUUUUGUGGUAACGAGACGCAGAUCCUGAGCAACCUGGUGAUGGAGGAGCUGGUGACGGCCCUGCAGGCCGAAAUCACUCCCAGGCUCAAAGGGCGACCGCAGGAGAAGCACAGAGCCUGGGCCAUGAUCUCCUCGGCGGUCUACCGCCUGGUGCAGGAGCAGACGAGCGAGGGCCACGCGGCCCUCCGCCAGGAGUGCCAGGAGCUGCGGCCGGCGCUCGAGUCCCUGAUCCGGCCGGACCUCGACCAGAUCGUCUCCUCCAAGGACCAGGUCGCCGGCAAGAUGCGAGGCUUCCUGCAGCCCAAGGUGGACGCGUGCUGCCGGCAGCAAGUGCAGCCCGUGCUGGGCGGGGCGCUGGAGGCCCUCAUGGCGUGCGUGAGCGACGGCUUCGGCGAGGGCCGCGAAGUGCUCACCCGCGAGGUGCAGCACCUCGUCAAGAACACGCAGAACGACGGUGGCGCCAAGCGCCUCGCAGAGUACGUGGAGAAGCUGGCGAUGGCGCCGUCCGACCCGGUGAAGAUGCUGCCGUGCGACGAGAAGAUCGAGAGGCUGAAGACGCAGCUCGCCGAUCUCAAGCAGCGCGUCGACUUCUCGUCGGCCGACGCGCUCAUCCACAGGGGCCAGACGCUCGUCCAGGAGCUGCUGGACGACGCGGUGUACACCUUUGAGCGUUACCUCCACCAGAGCCUGGCCCCCGAGGCCACCCCGACCCCCGUGCCCACCGCCGCUCAGCGCGCCCUCGAGCGCGUCCUCAAGAAAUACGACUACGACAGCAGCACCACACGGAAGAGGUUCUUCCGCGACGCUCUGCUGCAGAUCACCGCUCCCUACCUCUUCGCUUCGCUCGGACCCAGCUGCAAACCAGAGCUGCCGCGCUUCGAGGAGACGAUCUUCGAGGACCACUCGCGCGUGGUGCGCGUGGAGAACGUCUACGAGGAGAUCCUCCUGCAGUCGCUCUCCAAGGACAUCUUCCAAGUGGUGAAGGCGGCGGCCGUGCAGAGCCGACACAACCUGUACCGCGACAGCAUCGUGUUCGUGGGCGACGGCGACCUCAACCUCGCCGCGCUGGCCGACGACCCCAACAUCGACUGGAGGGCCAUCCUGGCCGGCCAGGCCUCUCCUCCGGGCGCCGGCACCGCGACGGCCGCCACCGACGGCCGUCGCGCCGUCCCCGAGAAGAAGGCGCGCAAGCAGCUGCUGAGCGCCGCCGCCGACGUGGACGCCGCCGCCGCCGCCGCCGCCGACGUGGACGGCGGCGGCGGCGGCGGCGAGAAGCCGGCGGCGGAAGCGGGCGACGCCGCGGACGGGUGCAAGGUCGCGAAGACGCGGGACGUCCUCUUCGUGGAGAUGACGCUCGUGGAGAACAAGGCGGCCGCGGCGGCCGCGGCGGCGGCGGCGGUGCCGGCGGCGGAAGGAAACGUCAACGGCAACAACCGGACCGCCGGUGCCGAGAUGGUGGUGGCGGCGGCGGCGGCGACGGUGGCGGCGACGGUGGCGGCGACGGUGGCCUGUGAUAGCGCUGUGGCCGAGCCAGCGGAGAUGGUGACCAAGGAGGUUGAGGUGGCGAAGGAGCAGGAGGUGGCAAAGGAGGAGGGAGGAGCUGAAGGAGGUGGCGAAGGAGGAGGAGGUGGCAAAGGAGGAGGAGCUGAAGGAGGUGGCAGAGGAGGAGGAGGAGGUGGUGGUGAAGGAGGUGGAGGAGGCAGAGGCACGGCCCACGCGGCCGGAGGACGAGCGAGGCGUCGCGGAGGCGAAGCCCGACGGACCAAACUCGGGCAGCGGCGCUCCCGCGUCGCCGGUUAAAGAUGCCGGCGAGGUGGGGCGACGGCCGGCGGCGGCGGCGGCGCCGACACAGCCGCCGACGACGGUGGAAAAACCGCGAAGGGCAAGCCUGCCGACGGAAAUGAUUGGGGGCCGAGCAAAGGUGACGACGCCGAUGACGCCGCCGCCGACGAUGCCGAUGGCGACGACGAUCACGCGCAGAUGCUCGCGGCCGCCGUCAAGGAGAUCGACGACGCCAUCCUGGAGGCUGAGCCCGCCGCCGAGGACUCUGGGAUCUCGUCUCCCGUCGCGGAAAAGCAAGAGGGGGGCGCGGCGCUCACGCCGGAGGCCGAACCGCAGCUCCCGCUGCCGCAGCUGGCGAGCGCGGGGGAAUCGGGCAUCUUGGAGGAGGAGCAGCAGCAGGAUGAGGAUGUCACGGAAGGAAGCAAAGCCGACGGGAGUGUGGAGAAGUCGUCGGUGCCGGCGUGCGGGCCCGACGUGGAGAGGGGGGCGGCCGGGAUGUUUGACCAGCACCCGAACGGCUUCGAGGAGAGGGAGCCCGUGUUUGUGUGACCCUCCGCGCGACGGAGACCAACCCCACCGACGACGCAUUUUAAUAAAAUAAAAAAGCGCGCGCACGCACGCACGUACACGCACACGUACACGUAGUUGUACGUGUGCGUGCCCGCUGAUCGCAAAAAAAACUCAAAAAAAACAUUUUACGCACGGAGUGGGGGAAAGAAACGAGCGACCGUAACAAUCUGCGGCGCGACGGGGGAGGAUGAUGAGGAGGGAUGACGAGGGUGACGUUCGCGUCUGGUUUUCUGCCAAGGCCGCCCUCGUGUAAAGCGCGGGGAAGACGGCCAGUUCCGUCCUGUCCGCGGUCACGCGCUCGCCACCCAUCCCAUUCGCACCCUCGACGUGCGUCACUCGCCUCCCGCGAUCGUGCCACCGCCGUCGCUCUCGACGCAUCGUUUCGGGGGCGACGUCCGACGUUUCGCCCGCCCCGCCCCGCCCCGCCCCCCCCCACCCCCGCGAAAGACCUUGUAAACACGGUGGUGGGCCGGCAAAGUGGCGGCGACAAGCCACGCUCCACCCGGGGGCCCGCCGCUGCGGCCUCCAGAUAAGGCUGGCCCGUGCGCCGCUACAGGAAAUCCUGCCCAAAGAAAGAGUUUAACGUGGUGGGGAAAGGAGUGGGGGUGGGGGGGGGGGGGGGCGUUGAUGAGUCAUCGCCGGGGGGGUGCGGGGCGAGGUUGGCCGGGUAGGGGGGGGGACCUCGGACCUCUUUGUCCGGCGAACGCCCCCCUCCCCACGCCGUCGCUCCGUUGAACCGCGACGCCGACCGAGUGCCGGCCGUCCGUUCCCUUCCCGAUGGCGCCCGUUCGCGCUCCGUCGCGCCUCCAGAAUCCCCGAUUUUUAUUUUUUUUGCUCGGCCGAAACCGAUCUGUCGGUAGAAGGCUCCGCCAACCCCCUCCCCCCCCCCCCCCCCCCGGUGCUCUUGGGAAGGGGGGCGGUGGUUUGGCCACGUGCCCGGGGGAGGUUUGGCUUGUUUUUAUUACUAUGGCAGGGUUUGUGUAAUCUGCUGAAUUUUAGCUUAAGUGUUUUUUUUAUAGUUAUAAAUUAAACUGUGGUCACGGUCACCGUAAUUCUAGCAUGCGUAGAGGGGUUUCUGCUUGUCCAACCGCCCGCCCCCCCCCCCUCUACAAUCUUUAAGUCGAA